CCUGUUCGGAUGGAGAUCAGCUGUUGGCUGCUGGGAGGCAGGAAGUGAUGCAGGAAAAUGUCUCUAAUGUAGCUGCGCUCAAUGACUAGAAGGGGAAGCACAAAGAAAUAGGCAGCGUUACUCCGAGUUUCUUUUUCUCUCACACUGAACUCGAAGACAAACUCCGACUCUCGGCGUUUCCGCGUAUUUUUUCCCUGAAACAGAAAAACAACCAACUUUGGUGUUAAAGUUUUCUUUCGCCUGCUGUCCCCGCUAGUUAGCUAGCUCUCUACGAGUUUUUGCUCCACUCCGGGGUUUCGACCAACUUAUUUAACUUCUUUGUUGCUUUUUUUAAACCCUCUUUUUCGGAAUGAUGCGCAUUGAAACCACUCGACACGUAAUUUUCCGGAAAGGAUAAUGUGUCUCUGCAGCGUUGCUGAUGUCAAGGUCGCAAUGAUGGAGCAGAUCUGAAAGACGAUGCCGUCUGAAAGACUUUAUGGUUUUUAGGUUGAAGCUUUGGCAGAUCUUGGAAAGGCCUGAGGGUAUGUUGAGGCAUCUCGCCCGGCUAGAGAAGAGGUGUGUGGGCGGUUCGGACGGGGACUGACGGCGAGGAGGACAGAGACGAGAGACAUGGGCCAGUGCGUCACCAAGUGUAAGAACCCGACGUCGUCUCUGGGCAGCAAGAGCGGAGACAAGGACAGCGCGUCCAAGUCCCACAAGCGGGUGGACAGCGCCAGCGGCGGCGUGCACAAAGACGACUGCAGCGCCCCCUCUGGCAAAUCCGCCAGCGAGCUGCUGAAUGGCACCAAGGCCUUAGAGGUUACCGUGGAGACGCCCGUCAUCUCCGCCGCCAUGAGGGAGCCGAGCCGGGAGGACGGCGACGGGCUGUGCAUGGCGCACAUCGACGAGCUGUUCGCGCGCUACAAGGACGAGCUGGAGGACGCCAUCUUGGAGGAGGGCAUGGAGCGGUUCUGCAACGACCUCUGCGUCGACCCGGCCGAGUUCCGGGUUCUGGUUCUGGCCUGGAAGUUUCAGGCAGCCACCAUGUGCAAGUUUACACGGAAGGAGUUUGUGGAGGGAUGCAGGGCCAUCCGGGCCGACAGCAUCGAGGGCAUCUGCUCCCGCUUCCCCUUCCUGCUGCUGGAGGCGCAGGGCGAGGAGAGCUUCAAGGACCUGUACCGCUUCACCUUCCAGUUCGGCCUGGACGCCGACGAGGGCCAGCGCUCGCUGCAGCGCGACAUCGCCAUCGCCCUGUGGCGCCUCGUCUUCACGCAGGACACGCCGCCCGUCCUGGAGCGCUGGCUCGACUUCCUGGCCGAGAACCCGUCGGGCGUGCGCGGCAUCUCCAGAGACACGUGGAACAUGUUCCUGAACUUCACGCAGGCCAUCGGGCCGGACCUGAGCAACUACAGCGAGGACGAGGCCUGGCCCAGCCUCUUCGACACCUUCGUGGAGUGGGAGCUGGAGCGCCGGAAACGAGAGGAGGAGGAGGAGGAGGCGGCGCUGACGAAGGACGAGGAGACGGACUGCCCCGCCUCAGACGCAGAGGGAAGCCGUGGGGGGGCCGCUGACCUCAGACCACACAUAUUUCUAUCAGAGGGAAGAAUAUGAUCUACAAGUGAAGCAGACUUCUGGGAAUUAUUAGUUUUACCAUUUCAGCUCCUGUUCGGUUCCUGCACUGCAAAAAUGUAAAAUCUCACCCGUUGAUUUUGGUCGAGUUUCUACUGCAAAUGUCUUAAUACGCCUGAAACAUGAGAAAACUAACAUAUGCCCAACUAUGUAGCUCAAGAUAAUUCAUCAGUAUUAAUGAAAAUGUUCCGUUGGCAGAUAAUUUCACAUUUUCCACAUUUUACGAGUGAAAUAAAAGAAAUAAUCUUCUACAUUUUACCAUCAGUAUUAAUGAAUUACUUACUGAAAACAAGCUCAUAUCCUGGUGAAACGAUUAAUCGUGAUCAAUUAUUACGAAUAAUUGAUCACGAUUAACCCGAUUAAUUGAAGUUCUUAUUUGUUACUGAGUAUUUUUGUAGUUUUUACCAGACAAAAAGCAGCAAAUACUUCAGCUGAACUAAAGUAAGACGAACUCUGAGCUUGUUUUAUGUCGUCGUUAAUGAAAAAGUUUCACUGACGGAUAAUUAAGACAUUUUGAAAUAAUCUAUAAUUUUUUAUUAAAAACAAACUCGUGUCUUUCUGAAGCUUAAAUCAGUUUUGUUUGAAAUGUUGCAGAAAUGAUUAAUUAUGAUUAAUCCAAUUAAUCAUGAUUAAUCAGAUUAAUCGGUUGGUUUCUAGUCAAAUAUCUUGGUGCAGCUGAAAUGGGACAAAAAUAACUUUUGAAGAUAUAAGAGCUUGUUUGUAAUCACUUAUUGAUUCCUAUACAUGGGAACAUUAUUUCACUUUCUCCCAUGUUAUAAGUGGAAUAAUCCAGCACAUUGUUAUCGAUGUUGAUGAAUUAUUUACUUAAAACAAGCUCCUCUGUCUUGCUUGUUAUUUUUGCCAGUGUAUUUGCAGUAGAAACCGACUUUAACUGGUGAUGUUGUUUUUGCAGUGAGCUCCAGUUUUCUCCUCUUCAAAGGGCUCCGAGGUUCUUUAAGCACUUCUUCUGUUAAGUUAUUGUUUUAUCCUCCAUGAAACCGUUUGUUGGCUCGGUGAAGGUUUGGGCUGAGAUCUGCUCACACGUCCAGCUCCAGAGUCCGAAGGGUUGAUCGGUUCUGGGUCCGGUUCUGGGUCCGGUUCGACGCAGAAGCAUCACUUAGAUUCGUUUUUCUCUCCCCGCUUCCUUCAAAUAUCACUAAAUUGGCUUCAAACGUUUGUGCCGCUGUGAUUUAAAGACAUUAAUGUUUCCAGAGGUCAUCAAAGGUCAAUCGGCCCCAACAACAUUUACAAAAUCAAACAGAUUUUUUUAUUUUAUAUAUUAUACCAAUAUUUUUGGUUUUGUUUGUGGACACAUUGGGAAACUUUUAAAUUAUAACAGUUUUGCUGCAGAGUUGAUUGACACAGUAUUUCCAUUUUGUUUGAUUUCCUUAAUGUGGAGCAGCUGGUUGACCUUUUAUGACCUCUGGAAACAUUUAUUAACAUCUUUAAACACUGUAAAAAAAACCACUAAAUCUUACCAAGUUAUUUUUGUCUAGUUUCUGGUGCAAAUUUCUUAGUACGCUGUAAAAAUAACCAAAGUAACUUUUCAGCAAUAAGUCAGAGCUGGUUUUACGUUAGUAAUGCCUUGAUGUUGAUGAAAUGUUGAAGAUUAUUUAGAUUAUAAGUUUUAAGUGAAAUGACCUGCCAGUCGUUUUCAUCAAUAUUAAGGAAUUAUCUUUAAACAAACCUUCACGUUUUGCUGAAAAGUUUCUAAUAAGUUCGUUUUGUCUUGAUUCAAAAGCCACAAGAUGUUUGCACUAGAAACUAAACCAAAAUCCUUUGGUAAGGUUUUGUUUUUGCAGUGCAACGUUUGUUAUAUUUAAUCAGAAACUGAGCCUGUUGGUUAAAAAUAGACACAUUUUCAGGUUUCACUGCAGAAAUAAGAUCUUUCCAUCGAUUCUGGCAGAUUAUUUCACUUUUAUCGAGACAUUUUCUCGUGUUUCAGGUGAAAAAACUCACCAGUGGAACCAGAACCUUUUCAUUAAUAUUAAGGAAUUAUUGACAUAAAACUAGUUCCUAUAAAUAGCUGAAAAGUUGCUUGUUAAUUAGUUUUCUCCUUUCAGGUGUGAUAAUAGAUUUGCACCAGAAACUAGACCAAAAAUCCUUUGGUAAUAUUUUGUUUUUGCAGUGAAAUGACAAUGUUUGCUGCUCAAAUGUUUAAUUUGAAGACGGGAGGAUUUAAUUUUUAUUGGUUUCAAAUCGAGGUCGUUUCCAUGGUACCAGCCUCAUCCUGUUUUUAUUUUUUCCUCCUGACGUUGAUGUCCACCAUCUCAAAGACAGCAGAGAGACGUCGGCUUUCUUCUGCAGGAACUGAAAAGCUAGGAUUUGUGGGUAAUUUAUGCAGAAACUCGGGCAGGAGUUUCAAAAUAAAAGAUGAAUAAUGCGAAUACUAAAGCUGCUGGCUGCUCAGACCAGCGGCCGGCUGAUUUGCUGUACUUGAAUGCUUUGCACAGAUCGAUGCUAACCACAUGAUUGCUGUUCAGACUGAGCUGAGUUAGACCUGCUGGGUGGUGGAGAGGAUGUGACGUCAUCAAGAUGGUGGCCACUUCCUGAUCUGUUUGGUUUACAUCUAAUAUGGUUUUAUUUCAAGCCCACUUUUUUUUUUAUAAGAAAUGUACUGAUUUAUAAUAAAUAAAAACAGUGUUGAAUUUUUGACCUUAAA